AUGUCCAGUUCACUGGAAGGUGAACGUGAACCUUUACCGAACAAUGGCAAAGACGACAUCCAGCAAGAUUGGAGACACCUUAGCGUGGCUCGUAAGCGGGUGAUUGUUGCGACUGCUCUCUUGACUGGUUUCUUGUCCGCCCUUGAUCCGACCGUCGUGGCAACAUGCAUAGCUACAAUUUCUUCGGAACUUCAUUCAGCAGAUCAAGAAGCAUGGAUAGGAACGGCAUACCUAUGGAGCAGCGUGACAUUCACACCUUUGUAUGGACGAUUGAGCGACUUGAUAGGUAGACGAGCGGCAUACGUGCAAGCUGUGUUUAUAUUUACGCUCGGGACAUUGGGAUGCGGCGUAGCACCGACUUUCUCUUUCCUCAUUACAUCUCGAUUUAUUGCUGGAAUGGGUGCGAUCAUGGGAUACAUUUGCCAAAAGACUCUGCACUUCAAGUGGCUGACCGUUCUCAACUGCGCUGGACCUGUGAUGUCGAUGACAUUAUUCGUAACAUUGCGGGAGAGCUCUUCUUGGGCUGCGCAGUGGCUCAGUGUAGUACCGAUGGGUGUCGGUUUUAGCGGACUACUAACUUUGACGCUGGUUGGAAUGCUUAAUUCAGUCGAAAUCGACGAGAUCGCCACCGCCACCGGAUUUGUCUUUGUAUGGCGAAGUCUAGGUCAAGUGUUCGGUGUUGGUCUAUCAAGCGCGGUAUUUCAAGGCUCAUUGGCCAGUCAGCUGAAUGAGCGAUUUGAAUCACCAGAGAUUAUCGACAAGCUGCGACACGUGUUCCAUGCCUUUGAUGAUCUGCCUGAAGCCUGGCAGAGAGAGACCGCAAGGGAAGGGUUUCGAAUAGCGCUGAGAAACACUUUCAUCUUCGGUCUCGCUGGUGCUUCAUUAGUAUUCGCAACUUCACUAUUCAUUCCCGAUGAUAGGCUGAAAGGUCCGGAAGAGGGACCAAUAUUUGCUGUGCCGGGUACAGAUACACACACCGAUCUAGUGGAGGAGGAGGCAUGA